UCAGCGUUUCGCCCCACCCAGGAUUUGAGUCAUUGUACACUUUCAGUUUGUAAUACAGGAAGCUUCGGGAAAUCACAGCUGUGGGUGAAUGACAACGCUAUAUUUUCUUGUGAUGGCGCUGGAGUAUUACAGGCAUUGAUGUCACAUUUUACAGUAAACACGCCAGAGAGAAUUGCUUCAUGAUGUCCGCGGAAAAUGCGUCUCGUCCCGGCGGGCCAAGAAGUCCUGACCUGGGAGGAGGACACUGUAUAAUCUGCAUGGACGACAUCCAGGAGAAGCGGACUCUGGAAAAAUGCAUGCACUCGUUCUGCGCGAGCUGUAUUAGCGAAGUUUUCAAACUAAAGCCAGCGUGCCCGAUAUGUAAUACAUUCUACGGCGCUUAUUUUGGAACGCAACCGCACAACGGCUCGAUGAAAGUUACCCGAAGCUGGGAGCAUUUACCCGGGUUCGAGUCAUGUGGGACCAUAGUAAUUGACUACCACUUUCCAGCUGGUAUACAGGAGGCCGGCCAUCCGAACCCGGGCCAAUUGUACGCCGGCACGUCUCGUCGGGCCUUCCUGCCGGCGAGCGAGGAAGGGGAGCGCGUCCUGCGGCUGCUGCGGCGGGCCUUCACACAGCGCCUCCUCUUCACCGUCGGCACCUCGGCCACCACCGGCCGCUCCAACGUCAUCACCUGGAACGACAUCCACCACAAGACCAACAUGCACGGGGGACCACAGUGCUUUGGGUACCCAGAUCCGGGGUAUUUGUUGAGGGUCCAGGAGGAGCUGAGGCUGAAGGGUGUAACGGAGGAUGACCUCAGCGAGCCUGUGGACGGUACUUACCCUCGAGAGUCCUGAGGAAGCGUGGGCCCCAAUGUUAACCUGCCCGUGGGCUGCAGUUACAGACCGCUGUAAUGGCCUUGGCUGGGGCAGACUGCACUGCACACACCUCGUGUGCUGCGACUUUAAGGGUCGGUUCUGAAGGCGUUCGCUUGAGGAGGAGCCCACCGGUCCCCUUCCUCUCUCAACAAAGGCCAAUCUCUUUAUCACCCAGGUAGAAGACACGGCACAGUGCAGAACUCUAAAAGUUUCCUUAUGUUCCCUCUGACCCAAGCUGUGCAAAUGGUGUGGGAUGAUGACACAAUAAAUUGUGCUGACCUGA